CCCCCCGCCGCUCCUUUGUAGCCCAUAACAGCCCGCCAUGGCCUCCGCUCAAGCUAUGUCCGACGGUAUUGGUAUCGCUAACUUGCCCAACCAGAGGCACAAGAUCGUCGCGAAGCACGGGGCGCACUUUACUAUCAUGGUUGUUGGCGAGUCCGGCUUGGGCAAGACCACCCUCGUCAACACGCUUUUCUCGACAGAGCUCUCCCCGCAGAAGAACUAUACCCGCCGCCACCACAAGCAGCUCGACAAGCUGACCGAGGUGGAAAUUAUCAAGGCCGAGCUUGAGGAGAAGCAGUUCAAGACCAAGCUCACUGUGAUCGACUGCCCAGGAUUCGGGGACUAUGUCAACAACCGCGACUCGUGGUCACCCAUUGUCGACUUCAUUGACGACCAGCACGAAGCGUAUAUGCGCCAGGAGCAGCAGCCCCAGAGGCAUGACAAGAUCGACCUCCGUGUGCACGCGUGCUUGUACUUCAUUCGUCCCACGGGCCAUACGCUGAAGCCUUUGGACAUCGAGAUCAUGAAGCGUCUCGGCACCCGUGUCAACCUGAUCCCGGUCGUCGCAAAGGCCGAUACGCUUACCCAAAACGAUCUCGCUGUCUUCAAGCAGCGUAUUCGUGAGGUGAUAGCGGCGCAAGGUAUCCGCAUCUAUCAGCCGCCCGUCGACACCGAUGAUGAGUCUGCGGCUGAGCACGCCCGUGUACUUACCGCCGCGAUGCCGUUUUCUAUUAUCGGUUCCACGGAGGACGUUACCACGCCGGACGGCCGAGUAGUCAAGGGCCGUGAGUACUUGUGGGGUGUCGCCGAGGUCGAGAACGAGAACCAUUGUGACUUCCGCAAGCUGCGGUCGCUGCUGAUCCGCACCCACAUGCUUGAUCUCAUCUCGACGACCGAGGACCUGCACUACGAAAACUACCGCCAGGCUCAGAUGGAGGUGCGCAAGUUCGGCGAGCAGAAGCCCCGCAAGUCGGACAAUCCCAAGUUCAAGGACGAGGAGGAAGCCCUCCGGAAACGCUUCACCGAGCAGGUCAAGGCGGAAGAAGCGCGCUUCAGGCAGUGGGAGCAGCACCUUAUCCAAGAGCGCGACCGCCUCAACAAGGACCUCGAGAUGGCACACAGCGCCAUCAAGGCGCUCGAGGCGGACUUGGACAAUCUUCAAGCGGGCUAUGGCCGCGGCACAGGCAGACGGUGAACACUAUCGCCGUCCACUGCUUUUCUGCCGCUCUUUGGAACUCCUGGGUACCUACUUUCGUUUCUCACAUAUACCCCUAGUUAUCUUUCGAUCUUUCGAAGACUAGUUACGUACACUGUCGUGUUGUCGCUCCUUAGUAACUUCCGGAUAAUUCUCAGAACACCUGUCAUUCAUGUGUUAUUGACCCUCUCGCUUCGCGCUCUGUCU